GUGUGUGAGUCGGUAUGAAGCAGGCGGUGACGGCGGAACAGAUCGCGCGCUGGUGUCUCGGAGCCCAGUUCGCUAAUGUCCGCAUCAGUGAGGAGCCGAGACCCGGGGACACACACCGGCCCGGGGAGGAGCGGCGGGAGGAGCGGCGGAGUGUCAGCCUCAGAACCCCAGAGAAGGAUGGAUCAGAGGGAGGAGUCCAGAGAAAAAAGAAGUCUGACCUCCUCCUCGGCACCGGGGUCACUCCCCCUCCUCUCGCCAGCUACGAGUAUCCAACACUCCCCAUCACUAAGAACAGACAGGAGUUGAUCUCCCUGAUUGAGAAUAACUCUGUGGUGAUAAUCCGGGGGGCGACAGGCAGUGGGAAGACCACCCAGCUGCCCCAGUUCAUUCUGGAUUACUACAUGGAGAAGGGCGCCCCCUGCAACGUGGUGGUCACACAGCCGCGCAAGAUCGGAGCUAGCAGCAUCGCACGCUGGGUCGCCCAGGAGCGCAGGUGUACACUCGGCAGCGUGGUGGGGUAUCAGGUGGGCUUGGAGAAGAUGGCCACAGAACACACUCGGCUGAUCUACAUGACCACAGGAGUUCUUCUCCAGAAACUGGUGGGAGCCAAGAGCCUAAUCGAGUUCACACACAUCUUUAUAGACGAGGUGCAUGAGCGGACAGAGGAGCUGGACUUCCUUCUGUUGUUGGUUAGAAAACUGCUGCACUCCAACUCACGCUUUGUUAAGGUGAUCCUGAUGUCGGCUACGAUUAACUGUGCUGAGUUUGCCGAAUACUUCGGUACUCCGAUCAGGAACUGGAUAAACCCGGCGUAUGUGUUUGAGGUGGAGGGAGCGCCGUACACCGUCGAGGAGUUUUACCUCGAUGACCUCAGAACCAUCCUGCCUUUUAGGGUGGACAUGUCCCACCCCGAUGCGCCCUACAUUACAGUAGAAAUGUAUAAUGUUGCCGUGAGUCUCGUUCAGAAUUUUGAUGAGAUGGAGAUCAAAGAGCAAAGUAUUUCGGAGCAGGAUGGUGGUACGUCUCUCCCAGACAGAGGGAGUGUGUUGAUGUUUCUCCCCGGACUCGCUGAGAUUCAGUACAUGCAGGAAGCUCUCGCUAAACUGGUGCGCCAAAGGUUGCAGGUGUAUCCUCUCCACUCCACUGUCACUCUGGAGGAGCAAAAUGGGGUGUUUUUGGUACCUGCACCUGGGUAUAGGAAGAUCAUCCUGUCCACCAAUAUAGCGGAGAGUUCAGUCACAGUGCCUGAUGUCAAAUAUGUGAUUGACUUCUGCUUGGUACGCCACCUGGUGUGUGAUAAGGAGACAAAUUACCAGUCUCUCCGUCUCACCUGGGCAUCCAAGACCAACUGUAACCAGCGACGAGGUCGCGCAGGUCGUGUGUCUAAAGGGUUUUGUUAUCGCUUGGUCACUAGAAACUUCUGGGACAGUGAGAUUCCGGAGUACACCGUUCCUCAGAUGCUGCGGUCGCCUUUAGCCAGUACCUUGUUAAAAGUGAAGUUGUUGGACAUGGGUGAUCCCCGCUCCGUGCUCUCCACCGCGCUCACACCCCCGAACCUGGACGACAUUGAGAGGACCGUCCUGCAGCUCAAAGAGAUGGGCGCGCUCUCGGUGUGUAGCAGCAGUACGACGCAGUUUGAUGGUAAUUUAACGUUUCUUGGUCGGGUUCUUGCACACCUGCCCUUGGAUCUGUACUUCGGGAAGCUCAUCGUCCUCGGACACGUCUUCGGCUGCCUGGAGGAGUGUGUCAUCAUUGCUGCCUCUCUCUCUCUGAAGAGUUUUUUUGUAAGCUCGUCUCUGCAGCCACUUCCAGGUUACCGGAGUAAGCUGUCAUUCGCUCAGGGCGUGCCCAGUGACCCCAUUGCCUUUGUUAACGCCUUUAAGGCCUGGUACACAUCGAGAGCCAAAGGAGAGCUUAGACACCCGAAGGAUGAGCUGCAGUGGGGAAAAGAGAACUGCAUUCAGAUCAAACGGAUACGAGAGGUGGCCGAGUUGUUUGAGGAUCUGAAGAACCGUGUGUCGCAGUUCAAUAUGCACAUCCCCGAAACGUCCUCUCCCUUAGAUUACACCAGCACACAUACACAGCGAUUCAUACUGCAGGUGGCAAUAGCAGGAGCGUUUUAUCCAAACUACUUCCUCCAGGGGCCCGUGGACGAGGAGCUCGUCUGCAAGGAACUCUCAGGGAACGACCCCAGGACCACCGUAAUGGUGCGUAAUCUCCCUCCGUUUGCGUUCUUGUACUAUAAACAGCUCCAAUCUCUCUUCAGACAGUGUGGUCCGGUCAAGUCCAUCACCUACGACAACUCCAGGGCGUAUGUAGAAUUCUACUGUUCGUCCCCGAGUUCCGGCGUUCUCCCAGAGGUCUCUCUGUCUCUCCUCCUCGCUCAGCAAAGACUUCCUCUCCAUCUCAACAUUCAUCCUGUAGAGGAGGUGGAAGCUCGGGCAGGAGGGCGCUGUAUCUCACACCUCAGAUAUGCACGGGUGAAUGUGGAUUUUCAGACGCAGUGUGUGAGCCCCGUCGGCGCUCUGAGCAGCUGCUACGAUCCAGAGGAACUCCCGUCCAAAUGCGUCUUCAUCGUCAACAUCACAGAGGUCAUUGAAGUGGGGCACUUCUGGGGGUUCCAGGCUGAUGAGACGAGUCUGGAGAAACAGAGGAGAAUGACGGGGGCCAUUAAGGAGCGCGAGCUCCGCCCACUUCCCGUGUCACUCUAUCCAAAUCUUCUGUGUCUCGCCCCUUUCUCUGAGACACAGACUGAACCAUAUAAAUAUUACAGAGCCAAAAUACUGCACGUCAGGGGGAGUAACGUGGAGGUGUUCUUUGUGGACUUUGGAAACACCUCCAAGGUUCCCUGUAACUCUCUAAGGGAACUUCCUGCUGAUCUGCAAGCUCUGCCCUUUCAGGCUCAGGAGUUCAGAGUGGCGUGCUUGGUUCCGUCGGCGAGGUCUGUGAUCCUGGGAGGCCGCUGGAGCAGUCAGGCUCGCAACCGCUUCAUCACGCUAGUGUGCGGCCGCUCGCUCAUCGUCACUCUCUACUCCAUCCUGCAUGGUGUUAUGCGCGUCCAUGUCCACGUCUCCACGGACACGGGGGACGUCAGCGUUGUAGAUCUGCUCGUACAAGAAGGCCACGCCCGACUCGCACCCGAGAGCUCGGAAAGCAAGCAGUCACAUGAGUUCCUGACGACCCUGUAUGACGAGCUGGAGAGGGGAACCUUCACUCCAAGCUCCAUCAGCAGCUCCUGGAAAAAACGCUUAGAGGAAGACAAGCGUCUCAUUGACUCCCUGCUGCUGUCUUUCUCUAAAUCCAGCCACAGCAAGUGCAAGAUUAAAGUUCACGGCCCUUACAGUCCUUAUAUGGUCACGUUCCACAGCAUGAGUGGGACCUCACAGUGCAGGUCAGUUAAUAUUGACCGAAACAGCAUUAACUCUGUUCUGGUGAACGACCGUCCACACGACCAACACGACAGGAUGCUGGUGGCCGGGUCUGUCUCUCUCAGUGCCUCAGGUCUGUGUAUUUUGCUUAAAGAGACGGCACUGAUGCCUUACAUCCCCGGCCUUCCUGCCCUCAUCACCAUGCUGUUCACUCCUGUCAUGGAGCUGCGCACUGAUGACAAUCGGACCUGCUUCACUGGAGCUCUGUGUGGUUUGGGCUCUAACUCCCAUGAGGCCAUUCUUCCCGAGCAUGACAUUGAGAUGGCCUUUGAUGUGAGGGUUGAUGUUGAUGACAUCACAGAGAUAAACGCACUGAGAGCAGCCAUGAACCGUUUGGUGUGUGAGGGUCCGAACGGUCUCCUCCAUCUCGGCCCGGAGAGAAUCCGCACGCUGCAGGACGACGCUCGAGAGCGACUGAUCAGACUGUUCUGUAAAACCCCCUCCAGGGAAGACUGUUCUCCGGUUUACUUCACUAACCCUAAAAAAUGGAACCAGGUCAGCCCCUCCCAGCAGAUGGAGGUUUUACAGACUGGUGGCCGCAGCGUUGGUGUUUUGUUUCAGCUCCACCCUGUAACGCUGCUGAACCUGUGACAGACGGACGAGUCACGGAGCGGUGCUGGACGCCGGCUCUCCAGGCCCGGAUCUAGCAGAUGAUUACAGUUUUUUUUUUUGGUUUUGUUUUUCCUUAAGUCCAUCAUAAUGUAAAAUUGGUUUAAUUGGGGCCACUGGUGCUCCACCAGGUUCCAGUUCAUGGCAGGCCUGUUUUGUGGUUCCUUUGUUGUUCCUGACCAUCAGAACCAGUUUCCUCCCGCCUGAGGAGGACUUUUCGGAUCUUCUUUCAGAACUGGGUGCAGUGGCUCCACCCCUUGAUAUCAGGAUAUUUAGCACCGCUGCAUUAAUCAGCUGUGUGUGUGUAUAACUAUUAUUGUGUUGAGUUAAAAUAAAUAAAUUAAACCUCAA